AUGUUCCUUGCAAGAGUCUUGCGGCGCUGCCGCAGUGUUCAUCCAAACUCUCUUCGUGAAGCUCCUCUUGCACUUCAAGAAAUGUACCGUGGAAAGAAAAGUGAAAAGGGUGAACCUAUUGUACUUCAAACUCUGGAUGAAUCUGCUCAGAUAUCUCCUAAUAUAUCUCUUACAGGUAGACAAAUGUGGAAUUCAACUAAAUUAAUUCGUGAAAAUCGAAACUUUCGACAAACUCAUAGUGCAUGUGUAGUUGGUGGUUCUGAUGCUAUUAAAUGUAUUUGGCGAAAAUACAAAAUUGUUCCAAAUGUCGUUUAUGUUCCAGAUACUGAACCUUCAGUUCCAGCGUGGUGUCUGGAAGAAGAUCUUCCUACUUGUAUCGUUCGUUGUUCACCUGUUGAAAUUAAUAGAAAAUUACUUAGUGCAGAACGUGCGGACGGUUAUGCUGCAGAAUUUUCAAUUCCACCAUUUCCAAUACUAGAAAAUUACUUGGGAGAGAAAAAAUUUACACGAUUAUCUUCCAUGUUAGUUUUAAUCGGUUUACGAAUUCCUAGUAAUGUUGGUUUACUUAUUAAAGCUGCAGUAGAUAUGGGAUUUGAAAGUAUUCUUCUUAACGAUUGUGUUGAUUUAUAUAAUGAAAAAGUUUUACGUGCAAGUGGUGGUGCUGUUUUCUCACCAAAAAUAAAAUUAUUUGAAACACAUUCUGUAUCAAUUUCAGUUUUAAGUGAUAUCGCUAUGGAUCAUAAACUUUUACCAUUACUUGCAGUGCCUUCUCAAAACGCUGAAUCUGCUUUUACAGUAGCUAAACGUUUACAUAGUUUAAAUGAGGCUAAAAAAAACCAUGAAGAGGGAGAAGAAAUAAAAGAUCAUUGUGGUCCAAUGUUAAUUUUGGGUUCAGAAUCACAAGGUUUAAGGAGUCUCGCAGGGGAAUGGAGUAUUCCUCAUCAAUUUGUUUCAGUUCCUUUACCGAACCCCUCGGUUGGGUCAAUUAAUGUGGGAGUGGCAGGGUCGGUUCUCUUGCAUGCCUUUCGUCCGGCGGCGGAAGCUCAUUUUGCACAACUCGCUCAAAAGGACAGGAUUCUUUUGGAAGAUGAAGAAGAAAGAAGAACAACAAGAGAAGAGGAAGAAGAAGCAGGGGCAACAAAAUCAUUCCCACAGUAG